CGGGUCAUCAAUAGUCUAUCUAUUUUCAUUAGCUGCAGACACAGCUGGAGUGCGCAGCGUGUACUUAAACACUGCUGUUUACAGGAGGUUAUAGUUCGUAAGUGUGGAUGCUCACAUCGUUAUGUUUAAAGUUAUAGUUAUUAUUAUAGUAUUGUCCUUAGUGUGGACGGCCUUUUACAUACCUAUAAUCAUAAGCAGAUCCAAACUCUCUCUGUAUUUUACUGGUGAAUAGGACACACCAGUAUAUAAGAUGCACCCCACUUUUCAAUGAAAAAAUACUGCGUUAAAGUUGUGUCUUAUACACCAGUAUAAGAGUAUUUUUAGAUAAGUAGAGUGCACAUCCCCCUGCUCAGAGGUGGGUACACUGUAAACCUGCAUAUACACAUCACUACACCCCUGGUCGCUGUCUUGUUACUUUGACAGACCCUGCAAAGGGGUCUUGAUUGAAUCAACCCUGGUCAAGGACAAUGUGUCUGGAGCUGGCUUUAUUAUGGAAGUUGUGGAGACUUUGUUAUCAUUCUGGCUCCAUUAAUUCCAAUUCAUUUUAGCUGUGUGAUAACUAGCAGCGUCUGCUUGUCUGGGCUCUCACAAGUCAGUGUGCUGUGUUUCUAGAUAAACACGAAGCCUGCUGUGGGAGGUUCUUCUUGUCUUGUGUGCACUCAUGAGUUGAAAGGGAGGACAAUGAUUGGUGCCAAACCUCAAAAUUCAGUGCUCUGAGGUUAAAUAUGACAAGUACUGUAUUUAUCUAUAAGGAGAGAGGAUGAAGCAAAUCUAGACCCAUGCACAUUUUAAAAUGCACUAUACCAGCUUUUUACCGUAGGCUUUUACUUAAGGCUGUGUUUUGGUGACAGAAAAUGUUAACCAUAAUAUGAAGAACUUCUGCAAUAUAGCUGCUUUAGCCCAUCUCUAGCUUAUACUGAGUGAGUCAAAAUAUUCAUAUUCUGACAAAUUUUACACAGUGACUAAACCAAAAACUAUACCAGUUAAGUCAUGAACUUUCUGUCAUCUACUGUAGAUUGAAGUGAAUAUGUACACGAUCUCAAUAUUAAGUUACAGCAUUACUAUAGGUGAGCCAGAUGAGUUUGUGUGGUCUUCAUCAGGCAGUGUGUCUCAGGCUCAUUACGGUCAGCUUCUUUCCUCUAUUGUAGCCUUAUGAAAAGUUAUGAAAAACUAAAGUAUCUUUUGCAUAAACAGAUGUUCAUACAUUACUUGCUUAUCUGUUUUGAAAUUUGUGAAAGGGUUAUUAGCAUUAUUUAAUGGUAGAUGUAUUGUAAUAUGUCAAAAUAGAGACAUUUUAAAAGUAUAUUUGACCUACAAUACAGUAUAUUUGCACACUUUUAAAACUUAGUUUUAUUUGACAGUAGUCUCUAAUCUUUCAUGAUUAAGACUGAAGCUUAAAAAUUGGCUCAUUUUGGGAAGGUGGCACUCUCAUUUUCACAAGCUCUCUUUGUCUAGUGUCAAAGUUAAGCAGAUGUGAGUUGUGAUUGUGGGAGCAGGAGUAAGUAAGUAAUGUUGGAUCCCUCACUCUUCUUUUUCUCAUACACACACAGACAAGAUUCUGUCAUCACAUGAACAAAAUUACCUAAGAGCAUGGUCAUGUUCCAACAUUUUUAAGGCAACUUGUUUGUACAAAUAAACAGUGAACCAUAAAACUGUCAAAAUGUAGUUAUGCCAAAAUUUGACUUGAGUCAUGCAAAUUUGAACCAAGUGUGAGUUCACAUCAUGAUUCUGAGGAGUCAGGAGUCAAGUCUUUAGGCAUAAUAUAGAGUAUGUUGAAAACAUGCUUACAGUAUGAAUGUUUGAUUGGUGAAAUAUGUCCCUGUCAGAGCCUAAAAAUGUGCGUGUGUGUGUGACAAAGUCAGCAAAAACAAUCCGAUACAUGUAUUUUCUGGAAAAUCCUCAGCAACUUUGGUGCAAGUUUUUAUUUUUAUCACUGGGUAGAAUUUAUUCCAAGUGUUUUUCUUUCACUGACCUUGUAUAUUUCAACUCUGUUCACCAUGAGAGAAUCUUUUUAAAUAACAAGUUCUUUAGUGGAACUGCCUUUCUAAAAGGAGAGCAUUUACUUUCUCAAGGACAAAGGAGGAGUUUCUGUUAUGGGGUGGCAACAUGAUUCAGUUUCUCACACUUUCAUUGUGAACGAUUUGACUGUAACAGGUUUUCUGUAGCUUCCAGUGUACCGUUUUUAUAAUACAGAAAAGAUAGAAGUCUGUGUCAAUAAUUAAACGUGAAGUGUAUUAAUCAUUGGAACUAUAAUUUGUAGAUUAUCCUUAUCAGCAGUUAUUAUGUAUGGAUAUUUUUCAUGCAGAUAAUUGUGCAUCUAAGGCAGAAGCAUGAAUUUCCAUGCAAGAAGAGUUACCUUGCCUGCCAUCACACCACUUUGUCUGCAAAAGCGGGUAAUCAAAGUUUAUAAUGAAGAUAACACCAGCAGAGCAGUAGAGGUUCCCAGUGACAUCACUGCCCGGGACAUUUGCCAGCUGUUUGUCUUGAAGAACCACUGCAUUGAUGAUCACAGCUGGACUCUUUUUGAACACCUCUCCCAUCUGGGAAUAGAGAGAACCAUAGAAGACCAUGAGUCUGUUAUGGAGGUGCUAUCAGGCUGGGGGGUGGACACAGACCGCCGGCUGUAUUUUAGGAAGAAUUAUGCUAAAUAUGAGUUCUUCAGGAAACCGCUGGACUUUUUCCCUGAUCACAUGGUCUCCAUAUCCAGUGAAACCAAUGGGAUGGUGGAUCACUCUCAGCUUAUAGAGACCUUUCUCAACUCCAGCACAUGUCCCGAGAUCCAUGGACACCUCCAUGCCAAAGAGCAAAGCAGGAAGUCGUGGAAGAGGUUCUAUUUUGUCUUGCGGAGGUCAGGGCUCUAUUUCUCCAAUAAAGGAACUUCCAAGGAACCCAGACAUCUCCAGUUCAUUGCCGACUUUAGUGACAGCAAUGUCUACACUGUUUUUUCAGACAAAAAACUACAUGGAUCACCUACAGAUUUUGGCUUCUGUGUCAAGUCCACAAAGUCUAGUUCAGCCCGGGACUUGAAGCUGCUUUGUGCGGAUGAUGAGCAGACCAGGACAUGCUGGAUCACGGCCAUGCGCUUGUUAAAGUAUGGAAUGGAACUGUACCAAAACUUCAUUCAGCCACACCAAAAACAAAAAGCCUCACCAAUGAGAAGCAUUUCAGAGAACUCACUAGUGGCCAUGGAUUUCUCUGGGCAAAAGAGCCGGGUGAUCGAAAACCCGUCUGAGGCACUGUCUGUGGCUGUAGAGGAAGGUCUGUCAUGGAGGAGAAAAAGCUGCCACCGUCUGAGUGGACAUGGGAGCCCCUCCACAUCACAAAGCUCAGUGUUAAACAUAGCUCUUCACUUGGCUCAGCCCUGGUUCCACGGCAAACUGUCCCGGGAUGAGGCUCAGCGCCUAAUCACUCAGCACGGUCUUAUUGAUGGAGUAUUUCUUCUGAGGGACAGCCAAAGUAACCCUAAAACGUUCGUACUGUCACUGUGCCACAUGCAGAAGAUUAAACACUUUCAAAUCUUACCCGUGGGUGAUGAGGGGGAGUUAUUCUACAGUCCAGAUGACGGUCAGACGCGGUUCAGUGACUUGAUCCAGUUGGUGGACUUUUACCAGCUAAACCGUGGGAUCCUGCCCUGCAAACUCAAACACUACUGUGCCCGAAUCACCCUGUGAACAAAAAACCCAAGAGACCUUCGAUGGCCCACAUGCACCUUAAUGUGUUUCUGGCCAAGCACUCCCAGUGUUCUUGUGCCUUGAAGAAAAAAGAUACUCAGCAAAAGUGAACAGCCAUGCUAACUGAAUCAUCUACACAUCAGCAUUCAUAAUGUGGUGGCUGGUCUGUCCUUAUUUUUCUUUUUCAGCAAAAGCCGAAAUGACAAUGUACUGUAUAAUAACUGACUUGAGUGCUGAACAUAAUGUGCUAUUUUGUCUGGUGGAUGUUAUUUUUCAGCCUUGCAAUGUUCCUAUAUUUGGCAGUAAAUCCAUUGUCUUGUACUGUAUAUAGUAAAGCUAAAUGUGUACUCUAAACAGCGUGUGAUUCUAACAACAUUGUGAUACCUAUGAAAAAGUUUUUGUUUUUUUCUUGAAAAGUAACAGCAGCUGGUAUUUGAAGUUUGGAGUUUUCACUAAAUACAGUUGAAUGUGUACUGGUGUUACCCCUGUAGCCAAAUGGUCAUAGUACCUACUACACAACCACACUGUCGCUGCAUGUCAUACACCUCUCCUUCUCCUCUUGUUUCUUUUCUGCCUGUUCAUUAUCAUUUAUUCAUUAAAGGCCAAACUGCCCAAAAUUAUCUUUAAAAAAAAGAAUUUCUACUAUUUAUAUACAAUAUGUUCAGUAUGUAUAUCUAUCAAAGCUAAUGAUGGUUGAAUCUAUUGUUUUUUUACCACCAUAUUAUGCUGGGAAUUAUAGGACACAACACUUCUGUCCUGUUAAACCUGACUAAGCUAUCUUACUUUUCAUUGUUAUUGUAUCUAUAAGUAUUCAGGUAUUUUUUAAGAAAAUGAUUGUUGUUUUAUAGUUGAGAGAUAAAACAACCUCUCAGGAAGUGUCAUAUUACAAUGCCUUGUAAGCUGGACUGAUACUGCUGUGGAGUGAAAAAGAGAGAUAAUGUACAGGUGGGGAGAAACGGCACACAACCUCACUAGCCUGCAAUGUACAUUCAUUUUAAAUGUAUGCCAUUAAAUGAAAGGUUUGUAUUACAUGAAAUUAGUUUUGAGCUCAAUCAAGAGCAAGGGCAGUGAAAUAUAUCAAUUUUAAGAUUUAAGCCAUUAAGAUGAAAAAUCUGAAAUACUGUAUGACUGAUUUUAUCUUAUUAUUAUCUGAAUUAAAUGUAUAUUGAAUUUUUAUUUUUUAUUUUUAUUUUACUAAGAGUCAUGUGAACAGUUUGUAACACCUGGGUAGGUUGUAUUUUGAUGUUUUUACCACUGCUGUGGAUACAUAUGGUGUUGGACGUUGUUUGUUUUGCAAAAAGGUAACAAUGAAUCAGCUUUUAAAAACCAAGCAACCGAAAUCACUGACAUGAUUGAAAAGACCAUUUUUUGUUUAAGUUUUUUUUCCUAACAAUGCAUUGAACAAUGAAUGUCAUGGACUGCGUAGUUUUAUAUAUAAACAAAGUCUGUAAUA